AUGUCAUCGUUCACAGCUUUAAACCUGAGCGCAGAGGAUAUCGCGUUUGAUGCAGAAGAACACACUAGGGAACUUCAGAUCGAAGAAGCAUUUAAAGUUUUCCAAAGAGCUCUGAAGCUACAAAAAGCUAAAGAAUAUGAAGCCUCAAACUUACUUUAUGAAGAACUUUUUGAGAUUGAUGUUAUUACAAAUGAUUCACACUCGGCCUCCCCAACCGUAAAAACACUUAGAUAUUUGGCCCAUAGAAAUCGUGGUUUAUUACGUUUUGAUGAGCUCAGGUCUAGAAUAUCAGAGCUGACUCACAAUGAAGCCCUUGAACAGCUUCUAGAAUCAUUAGAUGAGUUGAUUGAGGCCUUGCAACAUUCGGAAGGAGAUAUCAUAGUCAUAAAUUUGUUGCUAGAUGUUUUCAAGCUUUUUGAUAAUGACCGCCUGUCUAGAUUCUUGAUAGAGUAUGAGCUAACAAAAGAUGAGAAUGAUGAUAUGUAUAUUCACCAGACAUCAAAAAUGCUAUCUCCAAACUUUCUUGCUUACCUCAACGAGGAGAAAAAACUUUUGGACAAAAUAAGCUGUCAAUCUGAUUCGUCUCAUGAUUCAAGUCUUACGGAUCUUGAGUUUUUGAAGCCAUUAAAAUCAAUACUGGAAGCGCGGCACUUGAAGUUUCAAAAUGAAAGAAAGAAAAAUAUCAUCUUGGAUCAAGUGAGUUGGAAAUCAGUCGCUGAAAAACUGCAUCAAGUUAUAUAUCGAUCUAAGCUGAAGAGUCACAAGUUUAAAGAUGGUUAUCAGUUACAAGAUUUACCUUAUUUUGUUGUUGAAUUUACACUUCCGUCGGAUUCAGACAUGAUGAUUGAUGAUGACGAAGAACCGAAAUUGGAUCAAAUUGCUGAAAAUCAUGAGGUUGUGAUAUCUGAAACCCAAGCCGACUCUACAAAGGCGAUCGAAACCAAUGAUGUACCAAUUCCUGAUGUAGAAAAGGACGCUGACAAUAUAUCGUUGAAAAGAACCGCUUCUGAUGGCCACCAAGCACAAAGGGCUAGCAAAAGGUUCCGUCAACAAACUGAUAUUGAACCAGAUGCAAAUCGCACAGAUGAGUUUGAAUCCUUUUCUGAAAAAUUUACAUCCUACAUGAGAAACAUUGGUUUGAAUUUUGAGGAAAUAACCAGUUUUGUUAAUGAUGAAAAUGAAUCAUAUCUAAAGGAUUUCUAUAAUUGCCUUAAUAAUUGGACAUCCAGACACUCAGAAUUCCUAUCAUUCAAUUCUUCAAAGGGCCAGACUGGAUUAGCUUUGAAUGAGCUUAUCAAUGCAAAUGUUAACAGCUCAUUGAUCAGUACAGAGUUGUCUGAAACUGAGUUUAGUGAUGAAAUGGUUGUGGAGUAUUUGAAAAAAGUCAACUCUGGAAAUUACCAUUUCUGUGAAGUAAGGUCAUUAUUUUUAACUACAUUAAUGGUUCCAGCUCAAUCAAAAUACCCACUUAUCGAUUGCUAUUUGGGAAGAGAUUUUUACAACAAGAUUGAAGAUUUAGUGAUUGCGUCAGAAAAUGACCUUUUCAAUGUUUACCACGAAACUAAUGGCUGGCAAAGUAUGGCUGUUAGUGUGUCUGUUCUAGAAAUAUUAAUCAACUAUUGGAUAAACCUCAAACAAAAAGCAAAAGUCAAAGGCCUAAGUACAAAAGCACUUAAUGAGUUACACAAUAAGAGUGAUCAUAUCCAUAAACUAAUUCUUAGAUGGAGGAAACUUGCAAGCACAAUGAUAUCAACAUGCCAGGAUGAGCUAUUAUCAGUGAGACUAAGAUGGUGUACUAUACUUUUCCUACAGCAUGAACAAAAAAUUCCCGUCAAUCAUUUGAAGAAAUUACUGCAUGAACUUUUAGAUGAAUUUGGUUCGAGAUACAAAGAUUUAACAAUUGAAUUUCCAAAUUAUGAGUCUUUACCAUCCCUGAGUAUCAAAAUGAUUAAAAACCAAAGUGAUAAAUUGAACGUCUUGACAACGUUUGAAAAAACAUUGAGUGAAGGAAUAACAAAUACUUCAAAAGUCAACAUUUUGCUUGAGACUGUACUUUUUGCUGAAGACACAAAACAAUUUAGUGAUGAGGAACGUUCAAUGGAAGAAUUUUUGAGUGGUAGCUCUAUCAGCUUGAAACUCAAACUCUGGAAACUACUUUUAGAUGCUUAUAUCGCUAAUUCAGAUAUUGAAAAGUACCAGAAAGCAUUGACAAUGGUGCUUUCUUUGCUUCUCGAUCAAAUCAGGUCAGACGCUUACAAUUGCCAACCUGAAUUACAGCGUUACCAAAUACUUCUGAAUACUAUUGGAUUUUACGGUGAUUAUAUUAAUGGGUUCGCGCAGAUUAUAGAACAAAACAAUUGGGUUGCUAAUAGUGAUGGAUUCACAGCUCUUUUCCAAAAUGUGGUUGAAUUUUUGAGAGUAUUGUUUUGUUUCAAUCUUCAUAAUUAUCAUUCAACCAACAAGCCGUUCCAUGAACUUGCCCUUAAGUCAGCAACUAAAAUACGUGACAUAAUUGCUAAUAGUCUAGUUGUUUUACUUUGCUUUUAUAGUGCAAUUGUUGAAAAUGAUGAGCUGAGCAGUACUAGGUAUGAUUUUUUCAGUUUGAUUCAUGAAGAAAUUGGGAGACAUGGGGUGUGUGACUCAGCAUCAGGUAGAUUUUUAAGGUUAGCUCAAUUUUUAUUAGAAAAUGCUGAUCCAGAAGCUUAUGAAUGUGAUAUUUUACAGCAUCUGAACUGUCGCUUCCAUGUUUUCAUCAGCAAUGAAAGAUUUAGUCCAUUUGAUCACCAUACUCUAGAAAGACCACUUGACAAAGACUCAGCUGUCACUUUUGCUCCCUCCUUGUUGAACUUGAUUACCAGAAAAAGGGACCCUUUAUUCAACAUAUUGAAGCCAGAUUUGAAGUCGGCAUUGGAUGUUUUUUUCAAAGCUGUUGGAGAUCCAACUUUCACCUCUACAGUUGUUCAAAAGAAUGAUGCAAAUAUAAAGCAAUACCUUGAUUCAGAGCUUGAACCUCGACUUUUUAAGCAUGCACUUCUGGGAUCACUGGAUAUUGGAUUGAGGAAGACCGCAUUACAAGAACAAGCUGUUGCAGAUAAAGGGUUGUUUUAUACAGAGGCUGCCACCAAUUUGAACGUUUACAAAGCACGCAAGAAGGCAAUGCAAGCAAAGGUAACUGAUCUUGAAGAUAUACUAAAAAUGAUAAAGUCAGACUUGCUUUAUGGAGCCAACAAAGCUGAGUCAUGGCUGUUGUUGGGCCAAACUUACUCUUUUCAAGUUGAAGAUGAUUUGAUAUGGACAUCCGAUAAGUUAAAUGUGAUGGAAAAGAAAACAACCACUGCUUUAACUCAACGAAAAGCUAUAUUAUCUCUUUUGAUGUCAUUGAGUAUCAUGAUCAACAAAGAGAUCAACGGGAUACAAAACAAUCCUUCGGUGUUUUUACUAUGCCUUUCAUCGCUUUAUAAAGAGCUCUAUCAUGGAUUGUCAAAACCAAUGGAAGGGCUGUGUUUUCAAAAUCAAUUAAAGAAAAAGGUUCUUACUACCGAUGGUGUAUCAGUUCUAUCAUCAAUGUUGUCAAAGCCGUACAUAAGGCAGAUGCUGCUAAUCACAAAACACCUUUUGAAUAUGAGCAUCAGUGUGGACGGAAAUGACUGGUUGAACUUCUUCUAUUUGGCACAAGUUUCCCAUAAAAUUGGAAGUGAUGUAAGAAUAGUUCUUGAAUCCUCAUUACAGGCUUGUCAAUUAAGCCCUUCGAGUAUAGAACCUCAUUAUCAGCUGUGCUCCUUUUUAUACAAAUACGUCAAGCUUGGUCAUUUGUCAGAAAAUGAAACUAUUGAGUACCUCCAUAAGACAGAAUCGUUUUUUGGUGAGUUAUCCACACAAUUAGAUUCAUCGGCGUUAACUCACAGCAAGUUUCAGUACAUCAUCAUACAAGCUUUGAAAAAAAUAAAUCAUGUUGAUAAAAAAAAGUGGCAUCAUAAACAUCGUUUUAGGUUAUCUACCAUAUAUUAUGAUUUGCAAGAUUUUGAGAAGGCCUAUGAAGAAAUUGAACCACUAAUCAUUCUCAAAUCUACAAACAAAAAUUUGGUCAACAUCUGGAAGCCAGAUUUGGAACCACCGGGAAAGCAUUUUGUCUACACCUAUAAUUACAUCCUUUACUAUGUGAAGCUUGUUAAUUCCUUAGCUGAUUUUCAUAAGCUUUUGCUUUUCACCAAGAAGUUACGUCGUUACGGGUCUGGAAUGGUGAAUCUGAAUGAGGCCUGGGAUUUCGCUUGCUCAACAUUAUGUUAUCUAACGAAAGAAAUAGUGCGUGCAGAACCAGGGUUCACUGACAUUGAAGUUCCAAAGCUGAUUUAUUCAGAGUUUAUUCAGGCUUCCCAAUCAUUGACAGCAAAGUAUAAAUCUGAGAGCCUUAAAGAAGAAGAAGUUCAAGUAAUGAUUUUACUUUAUGAAAUUUCAGAAAUUAGAAGAAUGAAUAACGGAUUUGGCUCUACUUCACAACUCGAUGAUACUUUUAACACAUUGUAUCUAAAAAUUUAUUUGAAAAAUGUCACAGAGGAAUCUAAAAAAACAUUUGUCAACCAACAAACAAUGUCCCUGGUUAAACCGAAUGGUGCUAACAUUAAAACAAAAGUUGCAAGACGUGAUAUUUUAGCUUGUGCAACUGCUCUUGUGAAAGUUAUUGAACCAAAAAUUAAAGAUUUCAAAGUCACAGAUGAAAUUGGAAUUGAUGUUCCUGAAGAUAUCAAAAUGACCCAUUUAAGUGAGGCAAAAAAUAACAUAGACAAAGAGCAUCGAUCACUAGAUAAUAAGAAUCAUUUACAUGAUUUCAAUCUGUCAACACCAAGUUCAAAGAAUCAACAGAGCUCAUUAAAAACACCAGAAAAAGAUGAUGAAGUAUUAUCUAUCAAGAGUAAUCCAGAAAGUGAGGAUGAGUUCCACACACCAACAAGCACAGCGGUAUUCGAAAUAAUUGAUGAUUAA